AUGGAGCAGGAGGCGGAGGAGCUGAGCCAGUGGCCCGGGACGCACCAGCCGGCCCAGGGUAACAGGAACGUAAUGUCCAUCUCGGACACUGUGGAGAGUAAAUUUCACCUGACUCUCUCUCUCACCAAGGGUAACACGAACGUAACGUCCAUCUCGGACACGUCUCUACCUUCUGGAAUCAGUGGGGUGCACAACUCUUGGAACCAUGGCAUACCUGGCAUUCAGCACUUUCCUCAGGGAAGAGAGAUGUCGACGACCCCCUUGGUGUCUGCCGAGGUACCAAGGCAGAAUGUGAAUGAAGUGGGGCUACACUUCAGUAUGUCACUGCCUGAGAAUGGUGGCUACUGCCCCCAAGCAAUUCCCAUUUCUUCUCAGAUGAUUUACUAUCAGGGAGUGUCUCCCUCCCACCAAGAGAUGCUUUUCAAGGGGUCCCAGGUGAUGCCCUUAGGAGAGCCCAGUAAUACAGGGGUUGCCAUGACUUUCACUGGGCAUCCAAGGAUGUCCCCCAAUGGACUGCCAGGCUCAGCUUCUAGUGGAAUCCCUAUGAUGUCCCACUUUGGGGCCCCAACAAUGCCUUAUUCUGAACCCUUAGCAGUAUCUUCUAACAGAGCCUCUUUACCAUCUGAGAUGUCAUUGGGCCCAACUAUACCUUCCACUGAGGCCCAGGUUAUGCUCCCCUCUCUGGCUCAGAUGUUGCCCCCCAGAGAUCCCCAUGACCUUGGGAUGUCCCCAGCUGAGUCCCAAUCACUGGCAUUAGAAUCCCAGGACCCUUUUGUGAGUCAGCCAGCCUCCCAGGCAGGCCUCUUCCUGCCUGAGCAGCCCAUACUUGCUCCACAGAGAGCAGACCCAAACUCCAGGGCCCAAGAAGGGGCACAUGGAGGGAGACCCUUAGCUUUAAGGCCUUACUUGUGCCAGCAUGAGAACUGUGGAAAAGCUUAUACCAAGCGCUCCCACCUCAUGAAUCACCAGCGCAAACACACAGGUCAGAGACCCUACAAAUGCACUUGGGAAGACUGUAAAUGGUCUUUCUUCCGUUCUGAUGAGCUUCGACGACAUAUGCGGAUACACACCAGAUGUCGACCAUAUAGAUGUGACCAGUGUGGCCGACACUUCAUGAGAUCUGACCAUCUCAAGCAACACCAAAGGACUCAUCAGCAGAUGCCAGACCCCUCAGACCCACAGGCCAAUGAUGGAGAGAUGGGUGGUCCUCCCCAGGAUCCUGCCUGCCUCUGA